GAGGAAAAUGCUGCUUUGUUAUAAGCUAAUAAUUAAACAAUUAAGUGCAACAAAUAAGAGGCACAUCACAGUCUGUUGCACUGCUGAAAGGAGUGGCAGCAAAUAAUGCACGUGGGAACUAUUUCCAAAGCAAAAUGUCGCAAGAAACUUUUUGGAAUUGGACAUCAUGAAGCACUCCUUGCUACAGGGCCCAGACAAGAUACCAGCAUUUUCUAUGAAAUUCGCACAUAUGAUAUUAAGCCAUCGAAGAUGAAGGAGUUUUUGGAAAUGGUCAACAAGUACAUUCACUUUCGCACAGCUCACUCAGAGCUGGUGGGAUUCUGGUACACGGAGCUGGGAGCGAUGAAUAAGGUGUUCCACAUUUGGAAGUACGAUAAUUUUGCCCACAGAACAGCAGUCCGGCAAGCACUAGCCAAUGACAAAGACUGGCAGGGAAAACUUAUGUCUGCAAUCCUCCCCUUGCUGGAGAAGCAGCACAAUGAGGUCGCUUAUCUGGUACCUUGGUGUCAACUUGGAAAGCCUCCAAAAGAGGGGGGGGUAUAUGAAUGGGUUACUUUCCAGAUGAAGCCUGGUGGGCCAGCAUUGUGGGGUGAAGCAUUUCGAGCUGCAAUCAAUGCUCACAUCAACACAGGCUAUACCAAGCUGAUUGGUGUUUUCCAUACAGAAUAUGGAUUACUUAACAGAGUCCAUGUGUUGUGGUGGAAUGAGAGCCCAGAUAACCGGGCGGCGGGAAGACACAGAGCCCAUGAAGAUGCCAGAGUCGUAGCAGCUGUGCGUGACAGCGUCAGGUUCUUGGAGUCCCAGCAAAACGCACUCCUGAUUCCUCUGCAGUGCUCACCGCUGAAAUAACCUUCUUCUAAAGGGUGUAACUGAUGGCAAGAGACAAGAUGGAAGUGCUGUCAGCAAGUGACAUGGAUCCCCCUACCCAGUGAACUGAGCUGUUCUUCAGUUGACCAAAAAUGGAUGCAAAAUGCUGAUCAGUAGCAGUGUAAAUCAGCAUGCUGCUAUCAGUUGUUAAAAAGAAGUUUAUGAUGUUGUUCCUACCUCUCCAGGAAAGAGAACUUGAGCUGUAUCACACAUGACAUGAACCACACUUCACCAGUCUUUAAUUUUAACCCCUAAGUUCUUAAUACUUUUUCAAAUAGCUAGAUCCCUUAUCAAACCUACUAAGUUAAGUGUUCUUUUCCAACACUGUAGUCAGGGGUGGUAUCACUUUGCUAACAUAUUUUGGUGCCUCUUAUAAUUAUCACAUCGUGGUUAUUCCAUACUGGUUUAAGAAGGAAUGCUCCCACAUAUACCUUACCCAGUUAAGUUUUAAUCAGACAUCUCAUUGGGAUACUCUAUUAAUUCUGAGCAAAGUAAAACAUCAACGUGGCUGGACUUGGAUGCUACAGUGGAGCUGGUCAGGUGGUGUGGAGCACCCUCUUCUGCAAUUUAUAGGUACUGACUAUAAACUGCAGAGCACUUGGGAGUCCGUUCCAGACGUUCAUCACAGACCUGCAACGAGCAAUUGAUUUAAUAUCUCUACUAAAGGUACCUUUGUGCAGCUCGCCUAAUGAUUAUUGCUUGCUUAAAGUGCAUUAAGAUCUCACAGAAAGCACUAUAAAACAGCCAUAGGCAAUUAUGCUUAUGUCCAAAGUACAACUUACAUCUCUGUAAUGAAAAUUCAGAGACAGGUACUUGAGUUGGGAUUUAAACAUCCAGAGAAAUUUGUUAUGCUCUGCAGCUGGAUUUGACAAAUAAACCAAACACUGUUUUCAUGA